AUGAAAGAUAAUGGAUUUAAGCAUGCCACAUUUUCAAUUGCUGAUGGAGCACUGGAGGCAGCUCUUGAGAGCAGUGAAAGUUGUGCAUUCAAUGAUGGAAAAUAUGGUGUCAAGAAUUACAAAUUAUAUGUUCCUUGUUGUUUCCCAUCUAUACUUUCUCAUUGGCAAGAUCCGUAUUACCUUCACCCUAAUGAAUCACCAUCUUUAGUUCUUGUUUCGCCAUUGAUGAAUGGAAAGAACUAUCAUGCAUGGUCGAGAGCCAUGAAAGUGGCUUUGAUUUCGAAAAACAAGUUAGUGUUUGUGAACGGCACUAUCACUGCUCCUACAGAAGACGAUGCAAUCUUUCCUGCCUGGGAAAGAUAUUUACAAGAGGAUCUGUUUCAAACCAAUCAAGGUGAUAGGUCAGUAUCUGAUUACUUUACAAUCUUGAAAGCACUUUGGGAUGAGCUGAAUAAUCUUAGACCACCUCCACCAUGCACAUGUGGAAGUUUGGUUCAAAUACGAGAGCACAGGGAGACAGAUCAAGUUAUAAGAUUUUUGCGAGGUCUUAAUGAAAGCUUUGCACAAGUUCGAUCCCAAAUAAUGCUUAUGUCUCCUCUUCCAAAUAUCAACAAAGCAUUUUCGCUUGUUCAACAACAAGAAAGACAAUUACGAACGGAUUCACAUAUUGACAUCGAAGCAAAGGUGUUUGCUGGUUCAUCAAAAUCCUCACGUGGUCAUGGAUCUUCAUACAGAGGAAGAGGAAGAUUCAUUGGUGGACGAGGCUCAAUUGCUGGCAAUAAAUACUGCACUAAUUGCAAGAAGACAAAUCACACUAUCGACACGUGCUACUUCAAGCAUGGUUUUCCCCAAGGAUACAGAACAAAGAAUUUUCAAGGUUCGAGUAAUGCAGCUCAAACUGAACAAAAUACAAACACUGUGGUUAAAGAUAAUGAUGUAUCAACUCCACAAGUCUCUGUUUCAAGGGAGAAAUAUGAAGAUUACAUGGCUUAUAUGCAGUAA